AUGCUAAACGUUUGUCUGGUUUGUAAUGCAUUGGACGACGAGAUUGUGUCACUUCCGGGCCUUUCAAAGCAAAUCCAAUUCAAACAAUAUUCCGGUUAUUUGAAUGCCUCGAAGGGAAGGCAUUAUUUCUAUUGGUUUUUUGAAUGUGAAAAACACCCGCAAAAUGCACCGGUAGUCCUAUGGCUUCAGGGAGGCCCGGGUGGCAGUUCACUGUUUGGUAUGUCCACUGAAAACGGACCCUUCAGAUUCAAACAAGAUGGUAAAACUGUUGAAUUGGCUGAACAUAGUUGGAAUUCAGUGGCAAAUGUCUUAUACCUGGAGUCGCCGUCGGGAACGGGAUUUAGUUAUGACGACAACAAUAACUAUACAAACACUGACGAGUCGACUGCUUUGGAUAACUACUUAUCUCUCGAAAGUUUUUUCAUAAAAUUUCCACAAUUUAAGAAAAACGAGUUUUACAUCACAGGCGAGAGUUAUGCCGGCGUUUAUAUACCAAUGUUAGCCAAAAGUAUAUAUCAACACAACUCUACUAUCAAUUUAAAAGGUGUAGCCAUAGGGAAUGGACUGUUAUUAGAUAAACAGGGUCAAAUAAGUUUUGAUCAGUCCAGCUAUGACUAUGCUUUAGCGCACGGAUUGAUAACAACGGAUGCCUACGAGAAAAAGAUUGAGAGUUGCUGUGAGUGUACCGCAGUACAGGUGGACACUAUGCGACUAAACAAUCCGUACAAUAUCUACGACGACUGUCCCUUAGAUACCAACGCUCGGCAGGUGUUUGACACGUAUUUUAGGCCAGCAUUCAAACGGAUUGGCAUUAAUUAUAGGCUUAAACCAAAUAACGGGGUAAAUGCGCGACCGGAAUGCGUUAAAUACGGUACGACUGCAUACAUGAACACCGAUGCCGUCCAAAAGGCCCUACAUGUGAGACCGGGUAGUAAACGGUGGGCACCUAUUGGCGGACCCUAUGAUAGGACACACGCCGGGACACCACAGGCGGAAACCGUUAAGCAAUUGAUAAAUACAUAUAAAAUACCAAAACUGAUUGUAUAUAACGGAGACUUCGAUACGGUUUGCAAUUUUAUUGGUGAUCAGAGGUUUGUGUCGGGUCUCGGCUUUCAAACGGCCGAUCAUUACAGGGAGUGGACAGUCGACGGCACCAGUGAUGGAGUGAUCGGCGGUUUUAUACAGAAUUACGAAAAGGGAUUGAGUUUUGUUUUGGUUAGAGGGGCCGGACAUAUGGUGCCGAGCAAUAAACCAGAGGCCGGACUACAACUACUCAAAGAUUUGUUGGGAUUAUCAAAGCUAUAAUUAUUUAUAAA